AAUGAAAAGGUUAUUUUUUAUUUAUCAUAAAUAUAGAUGGAAAGUCUAAAAAAAUUUUAAAGUAAAUUUAAACAAAUUUGAAAAAAAAAUUGAUUAUUAAAAUAUAAAUCUAAAUUACCCAUUUAGCAUGUGUCAAAAAAUGUGUUUUUUACAAAUGAUACGUGUAGUUUUUGCGUGUAUUUAUUGGUUAAACAAUAAUGCUGAAUCAGCACCAGCACAUUAUACAGAGAUUUCUGUGGAUGCUUUGCAAUACAUGAGCAUGAAUGGUUACUUGGAUCUUCCUGACCCACGAGUUGGACAACUGCUUGACGAAAAUACCAUUAAAAAAUCGUUAGAAUCUUUACAAAGGUUUGGUAACAUUCCUGUAACAGGAGUCUUGGAUGAUAAAACUGUUGAGUUAAUUGAGACUCCACGUUGUGGUUUGCCAGAUAUUAGCAAAUCGCAUGAUACAAGAAAAAAAAGAUACGCUCUUCAAGGAACAAAAUGGAAUAAAAAUAAUAUAACAUGGAAACUAAUAAAUGAUAAUAAUGAUGGGCUGAGUAGAAAUCAGGUUGAAAAUGUUAUACAAAAAGCUGUUUCAAGAUGGGAAGCUGUAACUAACCUGAAUUUUCGUAAAAUUGAAAUUAAUAGUAAAGAAGUAGCAGAUAUUGAGGUGUCAUUUGGUAUACGUUACCAUAGAGAUGCAUAUCCUUUUGAUGGACCAGGAGGCGUAUUAGCUCAUGGAUUUUAUCCAAGUACAAAUGAAGGUAUUUCUGGUGAUCUUCAUUUUGAUGAUGAUGAAGUAUUCACCAUUGGUACAUCUGAAGGUAGAAAUCUACUCUGGGUUGCGGUACAUGAAAUAGGCCAUUGCAUUGGAUUAGAACAUUCAAACAUACGAGAAUCCAUUAUGUAUCCUUGGUAUAAAGGAUACAUGGGAGAAGAUUUCCCUUUAACACAAGAUGAUAUUUAUGGAAUACAAACAUUAUAUGGUUCCAAAAAGCAGAAACACAUUACAGAUCAAGUAACUACUACAGUAUUGCCAGUUGCAACAAGCAGUGGCAAAGAUUUACUACCUACUUGUUCAAUGAAAGGUGCUGUGUUUGAUAAAGUGACUGGAAUCACAUUUGUUUUCAAUGGAAAAAAUUUAUAUAAAAUUGAUGCGAACUUACAAAAUGUUGAUGGUCCAUUUAAUGUUGAAAAAAUUUUACCUGAUGUUAAAAGUAUUGAUUCAGCCUAUGUUAAUAGCAAAUCCGAAAUUGUUUUUUUCAAAGGAACAAGUUAUUACAUUUACUCAAAUUUGUCAGAACUGGUUCUUCUUGAAAAAGGCUCAAUUUUUGAUAAAUUUAUUGGCCUAAGGACUGACACAAAAAAAAUUGAUGCUGCUUUUAUAUGGCCAGGUAAUGGAAAAACGUACUUAUUUUCUGGAGAUCUAUUUUAUCGGUUCAGCGACUACUCAAACAUUGUUUAUUAUGACUAUCCUCGAGAAAUUAGUAAAUUUUGGGGCAAUGUACCAUCACCAGUUGAUGCUGUUUUUGCUUGGAAGAAUGGAGUAACCUAUUUUUUCAGGGGAACCGGUUUUUACCGCAUGACUGACAAGGUAGAGAUAGAAAAGUAUUACCCAAAAGCCAUUUCUGGCGCGUGGAUGAAAUGCGUAAAUUGAGUACAACAGCUUCACGCAUGUUUUAUCUGGCUGAAGUAUAUAUUCUAGUAUAUAAUACUUUUCUAUUGAUUUUAUGCUUUUCCAGUGACUUACCCAGAAUUGUUUUGAUUAGAAAAGGUUGUUGAUCCUUUCUGGUAAGGGAAAGAAUGGAUGCUAUAAAUCUCCAUAACUAAUUAUUAUCUUAUAAAUUUGUUUUUACACUUACUUUUUUUUUAUUUUAAAAAAUUUCUGUUUUUCAUAGAGUUUUUUUCAAGAAAUUAUUCAGUCAACUAUUUUUUACUAUGUAUUUUAUAUAUUUAUCAAAUACCAUACUUGUAUAGAAUCAGUAGAGGAGUUUUUUCUAUUAACCAAUAUUUUUUGGUAUUUUUUAAAUUUGUAUAGACGCAGAAAAUUUCUAAUUAAAAAAAUAAUUUUUAGCCAUUAUUGAAAAA